AAGUGUUGUCUUCGUCGUCGUCUUAGUGUACGGUUUAACGUUAUAUGUAACGUUGUUUCUUCUCUUCAGAAAGUAAAACAUUGGCUAGCUAGGUGGUUGCCUUGUUCUCACAGUUACACCCUGUCUCGGCGUUAGCCGACUAAGUUACCCUUGUUUCUUUAUUUAGUUUGCAGCUGCAUCCUUUUUGUUAGUAGCGUUAGCUGCUAGCAUACAUAACCCAUAACCCCCAAAAGUGGGUGGAUGUUUGGGAGCGCGGCGUCUGCAGCAUAAUUAAAACAUGGCGGACUCGGAGGAAUUUAGACUUAAACGAUUAAAGCAUGAGGAGCGCCUGUCCAGAGUGUUUGACGAAGUGAUGGGGCUUGGAGACUUUGCUGACUCCUCCAGGAGCUCUUUCAUCUCUUCCCCAAGUGGAGGUCCGGACGAGACAAAGGGAGUAGACAAAACUUCAGGACAAGGGGAACACCAGCCGGUAGAAGAAGAGGAUAGCAGCAGCAGCAGACCGGAAGAAAAGAUGGAUGAGGGGAUGGGAGAGUCAUCCUUUCCUCGCAUUUCCUCCCCUUCCUCUGUCCGAAACUCCUCGUUUACCAUGGGAACCAGCGAAGGAGGAGGAGGGGGAGGAAGUGGAGGGGCAGCAUUUGAUGAUGCACUGGAUGGCCUUCCUUCAUAUGGGCCAGAAGAAGAAGAAGAAGGAGGAGGAGGAGGAGGAGGAGGAGGAGGAGGAGAAGAAGAAGAAGAAGAAGAAGAAGAAGAAGAAGAAGAAGACUGGCACUUUGCCAUGCAAAUGGAAACCCUUGAGGAUGUUAACGUGGGCAAGACAAACCCAGAAAGAGCCCAACCAGGAGUGGGGAACAACGCAACUCAAGACAAACCCUUUGCUCGUCAGCCCAGAGAGGAGCAAGAGCGGGAAGGGAGCAGUGGGUCUGCUAACACCUCCCACUCCUCCCAGGACAAUACACCUGACAACAGCCGAGAUGGAGGUGUCCUGAACCAGACAGAUGAGACCGAAGAUAGCCAGCAGGGAGAGAGGUCAGACGCAGCCCCAAUGGCGGACAGUAAUCCCCCAAUGUCUCCUAGUAUCAAUAUUAAAGAUGAGCCCAUUGAUGAGGGCUACGACGCUGCUUUACUGCCUCAGAGCUCCAUCAGACAAAUCAAAGAGGAGCUGGAGCAUCAGGAGGAGGAGCUGAGGAUCAGCUCUGUCUACUCUGUAGGUGGAGGGAACACCUUUGCAUCUCCUACCGUGCCAGCUGCAGUCCCAGCUCCUACUCCGACGGCCAUUUUUAUCCCAGGUAGAGGACAGCAUGUCCUACAAGCUAUAGCUCCCCUCCCUCUCAGACCACCAGCUCCAAUCCCCAGUUCACUACCAGCUCUGGUACCUGCACCCCCACGCCCACCUCCGCCCGCCGUUCCUGGUAGCGUUCGCUGCAGUGGCUGCUCUAAGGUUCUUCUGAAAGGCCAAACAGCAUUCCAAAGGAAAGGUUCGACGCAGCUCUUCUGCUCGACAGUCUGUCUGACUGGUCAUCUGCCUCCAGCUAACAAGAACCGAUCCUGUUUUCAGUGCAACAGGGAGAUUCUUCAGCCCAGGGACAUGAUCACGAUUCCAUCAGACGGCAACACCUACUUUUACUUCUGUGGCCAGUUCUGUUUGUCUGUCUUUAGACACAAGAAGAAAACUGUUGACAAAGUUCCUGAUAAAUGGGCUGACAAACGAGUGGAGAAGAAACCUGAGAAGCCACCUGAGAAACCAGCGGAGCGCCCACCUGAAAAACCCUUCUGCAGUGUCUGCAGAGUCUCCAAUAGGCAGAUUGAGCAUGAGGUCACCCAUCAGGGUCGUCUGCACAGACUCUGUAGUAAUGCUUGUUUUGUAACAUGGCGCAAGAUGCGGCAGUUAGCCAUGAACUGCUGUGAAGGCUGCGGACUUUACUGUAGUAGCAGCUCAGGCUCCUGUCAGACGCUCACAAUUGAAAGAACUCAGCUCAACUUCUGUGGUCCUACUUGUAUUGGCACCUACAAACAGACCUGCAGAAAGACGGUUACGUGUGCCUACUGUCACAAAAUGGCUGUAGUAUCCUCCACCCUUAUGGAACGAGACCAAAGGGGCAAAGUUCAGCUUUACUGUUCAUCUUCUUGUGUGGAACAGAGUCGACCACCCCCACACAUUCUCACAGGUGCUGCAUUCCCCUGCUGCCAGUGCAGGGUGUCAGCUGUUCCUCAGUAUCAUCUGGCCAUGGUGGACGGCACCAUUCGUAACUUCUGCUCCUAUGACUGUGUUUCUACAUACCGGAAGUCCGGGGACACCUCUCAGCCAGACCUGACCAAUGGAACCUCUGUUCUCAGGGACUCCCUCAGAGAUCCCCCCAAAGCCGGGCCCUUUCCCGGAGCAAGCUCAGUCCCUCCCAUCCCUCAGGACUACCCAUCUUCAGUGCCCUACUCAGGCCACCAUCCCAGUCAUACCUCAGUGCCCCCACUGGUGCCCCACUACCCAGCUAUGUCCUCCCCCUCUGUCCCUGGGCAAGCCCAGGCCAGAGCACCUGCUGAUCACUCCUUGAAACCAGCAGAAGGCGGGCCCAGUGACCCCUCCAAGCUGAACUGCCAUCAGUGCAGCAAACAAUUCAACAUGAAGCCGCUGCUAUUCAGUAACCAAGGUCGUAUUUCUAUGUUCUGCAGUAGGACUUGCUGUGAUCAGUAUAAAACCCAGAAGAACAUCCUGAUGGUGUGUGAGUUCUGUAAACAGGAGAAAGUGCCCUUUGACAUCAUCAGUUACAACCAACAGGACCUGAUCUUCUGCAGUGAGAACUGUAAGCUUCUCUUCAAACAUGAUAUUACAUCUCGUAACAAGGAUCAUCCCUGGCGUCCCUGCACCUACUGCUCCGGCAUCGGCCAGAAGAUGCUGCACAGUCACUACGGAGGCAAGAUGGAGGAGUUCUGUAAACCCCACUGCAUGUCCCAGUACACCGUGCUCUACUAUGGGAUGGGUCGAUGUGACAGCUGUAGGAAACAAAGCUAUAUGACGGAGAAGCUGCAGUGUUUGGGUUCAGUCCGUAAUUUCUGCAACCUGCCCUGCCUGUUGCAGUACUGCCAUCUGCAUUUUGAGACGAGCCAGCACACCAGCAGUAAUGGUACUGGAGAGGCCCCACAAGCACCAUAUGCGCCAACCCAGCCCCACCACUCCUCAAAAAUGAAUCCUGUCAUAGCUGGUGUCGUGUCACUGGCCAAUGGCUCUGCCACUCAGCCCAGUGUGUCAGCAGAUACUGCUCUUACUGGAGCACUUCCAACCUCCAGCGUUGACGGCAAGAACCUAGACCAUGCCAGUACUCAGACUGAUGCCAUGGGAGUGCCUGUGUCCCGUCGACGUCAAAUGAAGAACAAGUCGGUUCUGUGUCGGCCCUUCACUAUGGACCAAGAGAGCAUGUGCCAGCUGCCCGCACCUUCCACUGAUUUAGCAGCUCCAUCUCUGUUUUCAGUUAGCUCCCCUUCAGGAGAGGAGAAGGUGAAGGUGUUGAUUGUGCCGGUCCCAGUACCGGUCUUCAUUCCAGUGCCUAUGAACAUGUACUCCCAGCACACACCUGUUCCAAUGGCUAUGCCUGUGCCCGUUCCAGUACCUAUGGUAGUACCACCACAGAAAAAGGACAUGAAAGAUGCAGCGGUCCAGUCAGAGCCUUUGGCUGUGGAGGAAGAAAAACCGAAAGAUAGGCCUGUUUACAGUGCAGACCAAAGCAGAUCUUACAGUGGAAAUAUGAAUACAGAGGUUGUCACUCCCAUAACCCGUGAAGAUCAGGAGACAGAAAAAGCAGUACAAGCCGACCUGCCACUUACUGUGAGUUCAGAGAGGAGCCCAGAGUCGACUGUUCUCCUACUUAAUACCCAGCCAGAGAGGAGCCCAGAGUCGACUGUUCCCCUACUUAAUACCCAGCCAGAGAGGAGCCCAGAGUCGACUGAUCCCCAACUUAAUACGCAGCCAGAGAGGAGCCCAGAGUCAACUGAUCCCCAACUUAAUACCCAGCCAGAGAGGAGCCCAGAGUCAACUGAUCCCCAACUUAAAACCCAGCCAGAGAGGAGCCCAGAGUCGACUGAUCCCCAACUUAAUACCCAGCCAGAGAGGAGCCCAGAGUCAACUGAUCCCCAACUUAGUACCCAGCCAGAGGGGACCACGGCAACAAGCGAUCCACCUACCACCAGUGCUGAGCAUCAACCCCCGUCCUCUCCAAUGAUGGACUUGGAGACUGACAUCCCGUCCGAAUCGUUGGAUCAGACAUUAGCUGCUCCACAGCGAGGAGUGAAGAGGCCCAGAGAAGGUUUCACCAGCCGGAAACGAGGUCGAAGGCGAACUGUUGCAUCGAACCGCAGUGCAGUGGUGACUCCAGCCGCCUCUAAACUGGACCACCUGUAUGGAGUUAAAGCCUGGAAGAGCUGGGUCCAACAACGAAACAAGCACCAGAGAGAAUCCAAUCCAGUGGAUAUUAAAGAAGACAUCCUUCAGUGUGACUCUGCUGAGCUCAGCUAUGCUCUGUCUUGCUUCAUCAGAGAAGUGAGACGGCCCAAUGGAGAGACCUACAGCCCAGACAGCAUCUUCUACCUCUGUCUGGGGAUACAGCAGUAUCUGUUCAUGGAGGGCCGCAUAGAAAACAUCUUUAAUGACCCGCUGUACAGUCAGUUUGCUACCAAGAUCAGUGGGAUGCUGCACCUCUGGAAACCUAAAUUACUACCUAAUGGUGUUACUGUUUCCUCCCGUAUUGUGGAGUCCUACCUGUGGGAGUGUAAGCAGCUGGGCGCCUACUCCCCCAUAGUGUUGCUCAACACACUGCUCUUCUUCUGCACAAAGAACUUCCGCUUCAACACGCUGGCGCAGCAUCAAAGCCUCUCCUUCACCAACUUCACUCGACGCUCCAGACCCUGCAACCGAGCCGGCAAAGUCCACUACCUCCGAUACCAGAGAAGCAGCGCUGCCACACCCCACACAGAGCGAUACAGAAAAAGGCAGGGAGAGGAAGAGGGAGACCUAGAGAUGUGUGAAAAUGUCGCCAAUCCUCUACACUGUCCCGUCAGACUCUAUGAGUUCUACCUCUCCAGAUGCCCUGAGUCAGUCAAGAGUAGGUCUGACCUGUUUUUUCUGCAGCCUGAACAGUUUGUGCACCCUCAAAGUUCCCACUGGUACACCUUUCAACCGUUAGAGGGCGCCACUCUACAAAGCAUGCUCACGCGCAUCCUGGCCGUCAGAGAGGUUCACCAGGAACAUGAAGCAGCCCAACAUCAGUCCCCAGCCACUGCUGAUAAUGACAGUUUACAGUGAUAUGGAGCUCUGCCUAUUCACACCCUGCUUAUGAUCUUCUCUGCAACAGAAACCUUCGCCGAUGCUGAACAGUUCUCAGUGAACUGCAGCCGUAGGUACGCCCAUCAGUCAUUCAGACGAAGGUUGACGGGUCUCUGAAAAGGAAGACCGAACAAAGACACAAUGAAAGGGGGACAAACGAGACAAACUUAAAGAACGUUACAAAAAAGUGUGGGAUCGUUGUAUUUAGUAACCUCAGUAGUUCCCCACAUAAACGCACAAUGAGUUUACAAACAUCCAAUACUCUAAAAUAUGAAAAAGGGAGUACAUUGUUCUUCUUUUCUCAUCGUGUCACACCAGA